UUGAAACCUGUGUGACCAAGGUCAGGUAGGAUACAUUGUACAACUUUCCAUUCAGAUGACUCCUGCAGAGGACAUUGGACAAGCUGAAGUAUGCGAGGAAUUGGACCGUGUUAUCCUCCACCUUUUUGAUGCUCUGGAAAUGCUCCAGACCAAGAGAGAAGCUUUUAAUAGCUUGGUGGAGCAGGGUUGGUUCUCACUCUCCAAAUCUCGCUAUGCCAUGGGGAACAAAUCUGUCUCUACCCUGCAGUAUGGACACCAGAUGACUCCACUUAUUCGGAUAGAAACUAGCAAGAGAGAAGAUGGGCAGACUGAGUUUCAGGUGAUCACAGAAGAUGCUUCCCAAAGAAAGGAUGAAAGCCCAGCUGUUGUGGAGGAGAUUGGCCCCAGUGAACAAGUUCUACGACGGCGAAAAGGUCCAGGAAAAGCAGAGGAUGUGGCCCAACCCCAGAAUACAGCCUCCCCGCCUGCAGAGAUCUUAGGCCACCAAAACCCCCUGAACUGGUUUGGCAUCCUUGUGCCUCAAAGCCUCCGACAAGCUCAGAAGACUUUCCGAGAAGGGAUCCACCUGGCUGCAGAAAUUGCCUCAAUACAGAGUGAAAUUGAGGCCACUCAAAAUUAUUACCAGUCACUGCUGGAAAAAAAACAAAAACUGGUAGCUGGCAAGAAGGAGUGCUCUACUUGAUCAAUAAGGAACAUCUCUGUGCUAAUACAAAAAUACAAGGAGCAUAGCUUAUAUUGACUGGAGCAAUCUUGGAAAUCUCCCUGUUUGUUCUGAACUCUUUUUUAAAAUCUCUAUGUAAAAUGUAAUUAUUAAUAACGGGCUUUGUAAGUUACAGGUGCACUUUAGAAAGAUUUGUUUGCAUGAAGGUAGAAAUGGAUGUAUGUGUUUUGAAAUACAGUAUAGCUGGAAAACUUA